AUGAGCGAGUCCUACUCCAAGUACACGGGCGUGCUGGACAAGUUCUACGAAAAGGACUACCCUGAGUUUCCGAGACUACGAGACCGCAUCAAGCAGCUGCUUUCUGACUCAGAUGAGCUGGACCAGAUCGUGCAGCUGGUCGGGAAAAGCGUGCUGUCUGAUCCGGACAAGAUCACCCUCGACCUGGUGGGCUUGCUCAAGGAGGACUUUUUGCAGCAAAACGGCUACUCGGACUACGACCAGUUCUGCCCUAUGUGGAAGACAGAGUGGAUGCUGAAGCUCAUGGUUGGGUACCACGAUGAGUCGCAGAGGGCAAUCUAG